AUGGCGAACAGAUCGUGGUUACCCUACAGCAUCUCUGGGGAGAUAGUAAGAGGUUUUGGAAGAGGAAGCAAUGAGCUGGGUUUUCCAACAGCGAACUAUCCUUCGAGUGUUGUUGAUGCACUUCCUGACUCUUUUGAAUGUGGAAUAUAUUAUGGCUGGGCAAAAGUAAAUGAAUAUCCGGUAUAUCCAAUGGUUCUAAGUCUGGGAUACAAUCCAUUUUACAAUAAUACUAAGAAAACUAUGGAAAUACACAUAUUACAUAAUUUCAGCAACGACCUAUAUGGCAGUCAUAUGACUGUUGUGAUGAUUGGCUUUUUGAGGGAAGAAAAAAGCUUCAAAUCAACUGAGGAUCUGAUAGAUGCAAUUGAACAGGAUAUCGCAAUCGCCAAAGAAAUGUUACAGAAAGCAGAGUGCUUGCGCUUGAAAGAAAGUUUUUCAUAUGAUUUAUAA